UGAAAGCAUAACUGGCUGCGGAAGUGGACGAAGAGAGUAGACGAGAGGAGAGUGAGAGUAAACAUGGCAAUAACACUCAACAAUGGCUUCAAGAUGCCGAUAAUCGGUCUGGGCGUGUGGCGCAUGCAAGGUCAAGAAAUCAGGGACCUUAUAAUCAACUCUAUCAAGCUCGGUUAUCGCCACUUUGAUUGUGCUGCCGAUUAUCAGAAUGAAGCAGAAGUUGGAGACGCUCUUGCUGAGGCUUUCAAAACUGGGCUAGUGAAGAGGGAGGAUCUUUUCAUCACUACCAAGCUAUGGAAUUCUGACCAUGGGCACGUUGUUGAGGCCUGUAAAGACAGUUUGAAGAAGCUUAAGUUAGAUUACCUGGAUUUAUAUCUUGUUCACUUCCCUGUAGCCACACGGCAUACUGGAGUGGGUACAACUGACAGUGCUUUGGGUGAAGAUGGGGUCCUGGACAUAGACACUACCAUAUCCCUGGAAACUACUUGGCACGCUAUGGAAGAACUUGUUUCAUUGGGUUUGGUUCGUAGCAUAGGGAUCAGCAACUAUGAUAUCUUUCUGACCCGAGAUUGCUUGGCAUACUCCAAGAUAAAGCCCGCAGUUAAUCAGAUUGAAACUCACCCAUACUUUCAGCGCGAUUCUCUUGUCAAAUUUUGUCAGAAGCAUGGAAUUUGUGUCACGGCCCAUACUCCGCUGGGAGGUGCUACAGCAAACACAGAAUGGUUUGGUACAGUUUCGUGUUUGGAUGAUCAAGUUCUGAAAGCUCUUGCUGAGAAGCACAAGAAGACUGCUGCCCAGAUUGCUCUUCGCUGGGGCAUUCAAAGGAAUACUGUGGUCAUUCCCAAAACAUCAAAACUGGAGAGAUUGAAAGAGAAUUUUGACGUCUUUGAUUUUGAGCUGUCACAAGAAGACAUGGAACUCAUCAAAGGUUUGGACAGGAAAUAUAGAACUAAUCAGCCUGCAAGGUUUUGGGGUAUAGAUCUUUUUGCAUGAUAGAUGUAUCGACUCUUUCUAGCAUGUAAUGCGGUCCCCAAAAUUUGCUAAAAGCAUCGUAUGUCGGGCAUGAUUGAAACUUUAAUUGGCACUUCAAUCUGGUAGAGUUUUUAACUUUUCAUGCUAUUCGUUAUACCGGUGAAUUUCUUCUGUUGGUUCUUGGCAUUGAACCAGCAAAAGACUAGACUUUUUUGUCAUUUAAAUUUGAUUACUCUUCCCGUCUUUGAUC